UCAUAACAGUGGUGUUAAGUGUUAAGUGGUAGGAGGAUGAUAGUUUGUUUUGUUAUUUUCCAAUGAGCAGCUGGCUCCACCAGAGCUCUCACAGCAUCACACGGUUCAUAAAAGCUGUGUGUCAUUCCAGCCUGUUGUAUCAAUAGCUCUUCUGUAAAAUCUCAGACUACAAUUUUCCCCAAAAAUGCCGGAUACCUAGUGACUGUCAAGUAGGCGGGGCUUGUAGCUUCAAUGCCUGAAUAAGACACCGACAUCUCCUCUGAUUGGUUGAUGAUGAGCGCUAGCGCCAUGACUGGACUGUGAAUAUCCAUCCAUCCAUUUUCUAUUUCCCCUUCGUCCCUAAAGGGGUCGGGAGGGUUGCUGGUGCCUGUUCCCAACUAACGUUCCGGGCGAGAGGCGGGGUUCACCCUGGACAGGUCGCCAGUCUGUCGCAGGACUGUGAAUACAUCUCAUGUAAUUGUUCACAUCUGUCUUUCUCAUGAUUUUAAUGGCUUAUCGUGUGAAUACGCUUAUUCAGGUUUGACUUUAAUUUAAUUCAUUUAAUGGAAACACAGCAAUUAUGAAAUUUGACAUUAGCAGAAUAUAGACAAAGAUUUGCGCACAUUUGAAAUAGAAACACAGCUACUGUUAAUUUAGUGCCUUUUGUCUGUGGAACUGUGCCUUUGUGCGGUCAUGUUCUGACCUGUCCCCUUUAUUCUAACACACUACCUAGAGAAGAAUAAGUUGGCUCGCAUCUUCCUUACACAACCAAAUGUGGAAAGUUUUUAGAACCUUUCCACAUAAAACUUAAACAGCUGAACUGCAUUAGUUAAGUUUAGGUUAUUUGUUUGUACAUAAUCUCUAUCAUCACUUCCCUCUCUGACAAGUGUUACGAUGUCUGCCUUUUACGGUCAUGGUAAUGAGCAGCAACCUCCGUCUGAAGCCAUGGUGUCCUCCUCUCUCAUCUCUCCUCUUCCUCAGAUUCAACCCUCUGAAGGCGCUGCAGCCCAAACGCCGCUUGCAGCAAAUACUGGCGUCCUCACCCGUGCCGGCGGCUUCCAAGCCGGCAUCGGGAUCGGGGACGAGUGCAGCCGCGGCCACUGCGCCGGUGGCCAUUCCGGUGCCUGCGCCCCCUGCGUUUGACUACUGCAGGUUCAUAGAGCUAGAUUAUGUCCCCAUGGAGUCGGGCUACAUGGUCUCAAUGCGCCCCACUAAAGGCUACGCAUCGACCAAGUCGCCCCCUAAAGGAUACACCUCCACAAAGUCUCCGGAUCGCCGCUCGACAAACUCUCCCUCCACGCCACGUUCCCGGCGGCCUCCAGCUGCACCCAGUAAUAGAGAUCCCCAUGGCAAUGCCUCCGUCAGCAGUGGCAGCAACUCAGGCUCGUGUAAAGGCAGUGACUGCAGCCCCACCAAAGGACGUCAGAAGUACACAUCAUGUACGGACAACCAUGGUAUUCGCCCUCCUCCCCCAGAGCAGUACCUCACACCUCUCCAGCAGAAGGAAGUGUGUAUCCGACACCUGCGAGCCAAGCUCAAAGAGACCGUUAACACCCUGCAAGACAGGGACACAGAGAUUGAUGCGCUGCGAACCAAGCUUUACCGAAUGCAGGAAGACUGGGUUGAGGAGGAGUGUCACCGCGUGGAGGCUCAGUUAGCUCUGAAGGAGGCUCGUCAGGAAAUUCAGCAGCUCAAACUUGCAGUGGACACAGUUCGUUCCCGACUUAGUGAUGCCGGUGGGCUCAGUGGAGAUGUAGGGGUUCAAAAGUACUUCCAGGACAUCAAUACUCAGAAUCACAAAUUGGAGAACCUUUUGCUUAACAUGGAGAUAGCACAAGCCGGACUAGCCAAGGAAGGAGAAGCCAUACCAGGCUGCAGGACCCGUGCUGGAGGCUCAGCUCCGGCAUCUGUUUCUGGAGAAAGCCCCGGGGUUGUACCUAAGUUGCCAGUGGGAGGGAGGGGAUCUUGUUCUUGCGAUGGCUCUCCAGCCCGUUCUUUGACUCGGAGCUCCACCUACACCAAGCUGAGUGACCAGGCACUGGGAGACCGCAAUUGCAAUGACACAGACUUUCCUUGCCUCUCAGCAGAUGGCACACAGGACAGCGGGUUUGUGUGCUGUGGAGAGAACAGCGUCCCCAGCCGGGCAGACCUCCUCCUGGAAGCCGCCUACCUCUCAGAGGAAACGGCAUCUUUGUUGAACUCUUACACGCAGACCUUCUCCCACACUUUGCCUCAUUCUGCCCCCAUGUCUCUGCCUCACACCUACUCCCAUACCUUACCUCAUUCUUUCCCUCACAACAUGUCCCACUCCAUGCCACACACGAUGCCUCACUCCUCCACCUAUGAGAAACUCUGCACAGGCGAGCGGCUGGCUCCAUUUCGUUGCAGUUUGGGUGGAGUGAGCUGCAUGAGCCACCCCUGCCUGUCCCACCACCACCUGUACCUGCACCCCCUGAGGGAGGCAGGCAUUCAGACUGAGAGCUGCCCCAUCCCUGCAACAGCGGGGUAUCCUUCUGAUCUGGAUACUAUUGCAGAGCAACGUACGUUUCGCUCUCAGGCCUGCAGCCCCACCUCCACCUGGAUGUCUGAUGAGGGGGAAGAGGAUCUGGACUCCAUCACCACCACCACUUCAGUGACAACAGCGACUGUGAUGAGUACAGCCACUGAGCCAAUUCCAGUUUCCAAAACACCGCUGGCUCCACCUCUUCCACGAUCCGCUACUGUGGCAUUUUCCAUGGAGAGUCCUUCGUAUCAGGCAAAUGACAAAGUUGAGGAAGAGGAAAAGCAAGAAAAAGAAAAUAGAGAGAAGGCAGGAGAAAAGUUGGAAAACACUAAAGUCAGACAAUCAGGAGAGGAGCACCAGACAGAUCAAAGCUCAGUGGAAGGGACUGAGGUACUGGAUGAAGAGGCAGAACAAAUAAAAGUCUGUGAUUUAGCAGGAAGAAUGCAGGGUGAACUUCAUUUUGCAGGGUGCUGUGGAGAAAACAAGCAAGAUGACCAGAGAGUGGAGGACAAGCAGCAAGAGGCCAGGAUUGGGGAAAUAUCAACAGAGGAAAAGAGCCCUGUGAUUACUCCAGAGUCUCCGGGUGUACAAGAGCCUCAAACAUCCCAACCUCCGAGGAGAUCUAUCUCCCGUGAAGAGAUAGCUGGUGUCACAGUGGUGGAAGUUUAUGACGAGGAUGAUGACGAAGAUAAGACUAAUGAACAAGAGGCCAUGGGGAUUGCUGUAGCAGAGGACGAAGACUCUGGGAAAAUCCAAAAAAGCUACUGGAGUCGUCACUUCCUGAUCGAUCUGCUAGCGGUGGCCAUCCCUGUGGUGCCGACGGUGGCGUGGCUGUGUCGUGGCCCGGUCCGCAGCGGCCAGCCUAUAUAUCACUUCGGUUCACUGCUGAGAGGCUGCUGCACUAUUGCACUGCACUCACUGCGCAGGGGCGGUGGCCUGAGACAUUACCCCGCAGGCGGGGGAGAUCUUGGCGGCACACAAAUAUAGCAGAAUGGCAUCUUCGUUUUCCUUUGCUGUGCUGUUACUUCUCCUGUGUGAUCUGUAUUGUUAGAUCAUUGCCUAAAGUGCAAGAGCAAGAACUUCUUGUUCCUCUGCUUUGGAUGGUAAUAACGAAUGGGAAUGAUUGGAACAAGAGUUGGGCAUCAAAGUGGAAGACCUUUGACUGAUCAACUCUACUCUGUUUGACCCUGCAACAUGUUGUAAAAGCAAGAAAGAUAAUUACUUUUUCUUGCUUGGUCUUUGCUGUCGUUACCAAAAUAUUCAUGUACUGGCUUGUGCUAGCUGAAUGAGCUGCUUGAAAUGAAUGAUCAAUGCUUUGGUGUUGAUUGUAAAAUUUAUUUUUGAUUGUAGAGAAAAUGUCCCUUGCCAUGUCAGCUGUCAGUUAUGAUGUAAUACGAUGAUCACAUGUUGGUGAAUGUGUACAUAAAUACUUUAUAUGUAUGUAUAGGCGUGUAUAUGUAAAAUUAAAUUAGAACAAACUAAGGUAACGGUUGUUGGCCAGUGGUAGUGGGAAAAAAAAAUCCACUUUAAUCCGAAGCUGCAGACACUUUUCACCAAUAACUUCAAGAGGUAAUAGAUUGAAUUUGUCUGCUGUGGAGAAAAACAUGGCAGACACAGAACUCAGGUAUCUGCUAGGGGUAGAAACACAACCAAUCCUGUCAGCCAGCCUUGCACAGUGGUGUGCUAAAUGAACUUCAGUCAAAAGCAGUUUAUUCUUACUGGCUCCCUCUCUCUAAACUGGCAGUGGAGAUAUUUACAAUGAGAAUUUUGUCUUUGAUAUACAGGUUAUCUGUACCCAGACUUAAUGGAGAGGCCUGGCUAAUACAGUUCAGAUGUUUAUAAGCAGCCUCUUUAGUGUCCACUGAAAACAUAAAAGGUUUAAAUCGGGUAGAACAGGAAGAAAACGCUUCACUUUUCUUGGACUUCCUGACACAAGUCCAGAUGAAGAUCAAGGGUUGCUCAGAAUUAAAUGACUGGAAGUUAAUGGUUCCCUCUACUGGCCAUAAGCAGAAGUGAAUAAUCUCAAAGUUAUGACAUUUAUUCUUUAACAUAAACUUUAUUCCUUUUCUAAAGGUUUCCUUAAUGACAUUAAUAAUAGUAAAUUAUACAGUUAUUCAUGGAAAGGGACUAGGAUUUUGUUGUUCUUUUAUGUUUUCCCAAUGUGGUGCUCAGCUGACAUGUUUCCAUUUUCAGGGAAGUAAAAUAUUCUAGGUGAAAGGAGAUAUGACUACCUUUAGCUCCAGCAACAAACAAGACAAAUGACUAAUGGGGGUAAACACAUUUAGUGUAGAAUUGGUCAUGCAUUUUUUUAAAAUAGAAAUUUAAAUCAUUAAGAGCAUAUGACAGUGAGGUCAUGCACUAAUUAAUGAUUACAGAAUAAAAAAGAAAAUGGAUUAUCUGUGAUCCUUGCAUGAUACUCUCUUUCAAUGGCCACUUUAUAUGUAGGCACUUCAGCCACAUUUGUCUGGAUUUCCCAUCUGUUAACUGAUGGAAGAUAAUCAAGUGAAUUUAGCUGUAAUCCAGUUUCACUCUGGGUGCAUGUUAAACAUACCCGUUGGAGUUAAUCUGGCUCUGAUUAUGUGCAGCAGUGAAACAAGUAGUCCAGACAUGUCUUAGUUCCACAGGGACACGUACCUAGCUGGGCAAUUAUUUAAACAAACAUAAAAGAAGAAAGUUACCCAAACUGUAAACACUUUAAAAAUACACGUCAGUACAUAAAAACAGACGACGUUACAGUAGCUUCCACCGUCUUGGUGGAAGUUCAAACUGAAGUAAUUGUAACCUAUGAACAAUGUUAGUCGUUACUUUGGCUAACAUUCAGUCAUUUUUACAGCGAACAAACUGUGCAGUUUUUCCUGUUAGUUUUCUCUACGUGUGGUAGGCUGCAUAUUCCCUUUUUGCUCUCUAGUUUAUUUGUUGUGUUCUUUUCAAUUCAACCCUCCUUGUGCAGUCUGCUUCUCGAGUCGACACUGAUCUGCUUUCUCGCAGAUUGCUGGUUGUGUUUCUACCCUGAGAUUGUUUCCGUUAGACUCACCUGUUUAUUUUCACUGUAUCACUUGUGUGCGAAGUGUUCUUACAGCGAUUCUAAUGAUGCAGUUUCCCCCUGCCCCCCUCCAAAUGUAAACCCUGUCCACAAAUUUUCUGCCAUUACAUAAUUAGUUCACAGUAACACAUUCAACACUCGUCAUAUCCUCACACCUGCACUGAAUUGUCCGUUAGCUAAAGGUUAGCCUAGCUUAUUUAGCUAUCUUGAAUAUCUUUGAAAGAACUCUAAAUAAAUCAAAGUUCUUUUGGUGAGAACUCAUGAAAUGUUAAAGAAAAUCCAGUGUAUAAAUUUGUACAUUAAGAAAUAUAUUGCUCUUAGAUUAUUCCUCCCUUAUCUGUGCCUUUUUAUUUGCCAAUUUCUCAACGGUGACUGGGGAAUGAUGUGGGCCUAGAAUAUUUUCUAUACACAGUUACCUAUAUAGCUGUUUAGUGUAUCGCUGGCAGUAAACUAACAGAGUUAAAACUCUUUAGUCAUACAGUGAAAUCACGAUCAAACGUCUGUAGAUUCUCACUAUCUCAGUUUGACGCCAUCAGUAGAUCUGAGUGAAGUGAGUUGUGCUCAGUCUGUGAUCUGUGCUGUAUAUUUCUGCUAACCCUGAUGCUCUUGUGCUGUAGUUAGUCUUUAACUGUCAAUAUAUAUUCUCAAGUCCAUCCUACACAAUUUAGUCCAUUACAAAGACAAACUGUGUGUCGAAAAUUGUCUUGCAAAGACAUUCUAGAAAUCUGUUAGGUCAAACUCGUUUACUUUUUUAAAAUGUGUUGUUUGGUUCCAGUUGCAUUCAGCUGAAUUUUAUUUUCUGUAUUCUGUUAUCAGGCCAACGUUGGUGUUUGCUGAUGUCAAAAUUCAAGAAGCAUGUAGCAGAUUGAUGGUUAAGUACCAGUGAGAUAAAGCAUUUUUUACUUAGCAUUCAAGAUACUGACAAAAUACAUUCUGACAAACAGCAAAAAGAUAAUUACAUUUAAGACUAUAUUUUAUCACAUCCACAAAUUUCAAUGUAUUUUUAUUUUUAUUUUUAGAAUUUUAUGUGACAGUCCAACAUAAAAUGAAGCAUAAUUUUGAAAUUGGGGGGAAAAAGCAUAGUUUUGUGGUUUUUAAUUUCUUUUUAACAAUCUGUUUUUAUGAACCAAAACAAAUUACUCUUUUGCUUCUGUUUUGUACAUCUGGAAUAUAUGUCCAUUCUUGAGAAAAAUAGCUCAUGUUCAAUAAUAAAGAGUAGAAAGUGUCCAGACAUAUCGGUUACAAAAUAACUACAUGACAAAACCUAAAAACAUUCAGGCUCAAACUAUUUUUUUAUUUUUUAUUUUGGAGAUGAAAAGUUCCGACAAAUAUAUGCCAUAUGACUCUAAGGGCUACAGAGACUGCAAAGAGCAAAAUGACAGCAGUAAUAUUCACACUAUGCAGUGUGAAUAUUACUGCACUGUGUAGUAAUAUUCAGAAAGACAGAACAUUCAUGAAUGACUUCAUAAAAUGAUAUAGGCAAAUACACUUAUGAUAAAAACAUAAAAUGGACAGUGAGAAAAUGACAAAAAACUACUUCAGAGACAGAAAUCACAGAGUGUGUGUUACAGAAUGACUGUGACUGAAUUCAGUCUGUGCUGCUCGUCUUCCUCAGAUGAAGGUUCUGCUGGCCUUUUUAUUUCUCCUGUGUUCUGGUCUAAAUGUGUCGCCACUGAAAGUGAAUCUAAAUGUUUGUUUUAGAUGUCAGAGUCAAACACGGACUCAAGAAUCCUCUGGAACCACCAACACAUGAAUAGACAAUGUCCUUCUUUUUUUAAGUUUUUGCUGCCAUAUAUUGCACUAUUAUUCACUUUAAAUGUUUUAAGGAUUUACUUGAAGUAGACUGUACAUGUAUCUGUACCAACUGUUGUUUCCUCACUGAUUAUUUUUGAUGCUGUUUGAAGUCCAUGAGGGUUGGUAGUGGUACACUUCUUAAUGGAUUAAAAAUCAGAUAUUUAAUGUUGAUCAUUUCGUAUGAUAAAACUGUAAUUUAUCAUCCUUUAAUCCUUAAAAUGAGCUGCUCUUAACUAAAGUGAAACCUCCAAUCUGAUGGUUAUUACUAUAAUCUGACUGGCAAAGAAAUUACAACAAUCAUGAGUUUAUGUUCUAGGUAACCAUGGAAACUCCUGUCUGUUGUUUUAUAGAGGGUUCUAGAGAAAGAACGUGUCCUGUAUUGUUUCUCUCUGUGUUGAACUUUAGAUUUGAUCCCUUGCCUGACUGUAUGAAGGGAAGUUAGGAGGCAAAAACCAUGUUAAAAAAAGCCAUAUGCUGUAGACUUUGUCAGGGUACAAGUGUGGGAAUGUGAGAGCCAGCCUCCACCUCUCUGCUGCAAAGUAAUGUCAAAAAACACACAAUACCAGAGUUAUGUGAAGGAAUCCUCCUGUGUCUUGUAGUGUGCUUUUGCCAGUCAGUUUUCGCAUUGUUACUAACCACAGGCUGCUGUGACUAACAGGGUAAUAAAGCGAAGAAAGUGUGAAGGUGUCAUCUGUAGAGCCUCAGUACAACUUACUAGAAACAACCUGAUAAAUGAGAACAAAGAAAAGUCAAUUUAUCGCAGUAAUUCUAUUUGAAGAGUUCAGACUUGUAUAUUUUCAUACUCAGCACACAGAAUGAAAUGUUUACUUCUAUUUAUUCUGACGAUUGUCUUUCAGCUAAUUAAAGCUUGCAGUUUUUUUCGUUUUUUUUUUUUGGUUUUUUUAUCAGAAAAUCUAAUAUAGAAAUACUUUGGACCCCUGCCAAAGUUGAGUUUUUGCUUCUUUUUUUUAAACGUUUUGUGAAAAAUUUGCCUAUGUUUGGGCUUUUUCAUGGAGCGUAUCAAAAAUAAACAAAAUACCUUUGGAUAACGUAACUUGACACCCUAUUGGCUGGCAUUUGCAAAGCAGCCAAUCCAGGAACACCGUUCAUUUUUGUCAGAGCUGAUUGGCUGGACCCCUAAUUAAUGGGGGAGCAUUGAUGUUAGCUUCUGCAGAAAUGCUAAGAGGGCUUCCACUGUGCAUAUUAAUGCUUAUAUACAUGUAUUUAUUCGGUUAUUAAGAAAGCAGUUCUAAAUUAUUUUACAGGAGGUCUAGACAUUUUGUUUCAGCAGAUUUGAGCUACUCCAGGGCAGCUUCUGGGGGCCACUGCAUGAAUAUCAACACUAACAUGCUGUGAGUUGUGUUUCUUGAAACAUCCAACUCCACUUUGUAAUUCUUCCUCAAACUCUUUAACAGGUUUGGCUUCACAGUCCUGCUGAGGCUGCAGUUUUUCCUGUUGUUUUUUUUUUUUUCAACCAACUUUCUAUUCACAUGCAAACAUUGCUACUACGCUGUUAGCUGUCGACAAGGCAACAGGCAGUCUUACCUAUGAUUACAACUCUAUCAUAACAUUUCUGUACUAAAGACUUUAGUAAGAUGGUUUUAUGCAAUUUCUGGAGAAACUGACAGUUGGGUUUUCAUCAGCUGUAAGCCAUAGCCAUCAGCAUUAACAUAAAUAAAUGCUUGAAAUAUAUCACCUCGUUACCAAGUGAAUCCGUUUGAUAUCAGAGUUUCCAUUUUUGAAGUGAAUUACUGAAUUAAAUUAUUAAUUGGAUGAUAUUCUCAUUUACUGACAUGCACAUGUACAGUUCACAGGUUUCUGUUCAGUCAGGCUUGUUGUACAGGAUCUCCCUGCUUUCUAAACAGAAAUGACUUUGCAAUAUUGACCUCUAAAAUCCACAUCUUAAAGUACACAUUUUAUAGAGUUUUAUUAUUUGAUUAUGACAUGUGAAGAUCUCUUACUGAUGUUCCCAGUUCUCAUUGUUUACAGGUGCAACUUAUUUUUCUAAUACAUAGAAAAUAAUUUUGGGUUUUGCAUUAUACAGCAGUUUCACCUGAGAUCAAUUAAAAUUGACACAAUUGUCGCACAUAUCUCUUGAGGAAAAUGUGUAUUUCUUUCUUGAAAUUUGCCAUCCAAUUGAAGGCGGUUAUUUCAAUUAAUCAAAAGUGAGCAGGUUGAAAUUAUUUGUUAGAAGCAAAUAUGUCAAAAUCUUUGGGGUUGGGCUGAUUGUUUAGCAACAUCCAAUCAAAAAUGACCAUACUGUGAAGGGUACCCA